CGAAACUCAACAAAGAAGAGGCAAGUCACGUGAUCUCGCUGUAUUUCACGUGUGGGUAAUCUAAUACUAUACCGUUUAGCUGCAUUACUUUUUAAAGAGUAGGAAUUACCUUGUCUCACUCGUGGGGAUCAUGGCUUCCAGUUGUCGACGACCCGAACACUCUGCUCCUCCAGAAGUGUUCUACAAUGAAGAAGAGGCAAAGAAGUACUCUCAGAACUCUCGAAUGAUUGAGAUUCAGACCCAGAUGUCUGAGAGAGCAGUGGAGCUUUUAAACCUACCCGAGGGUCAGCCUUGCUUCCUGUUAGAUGUCGGGUGUGGAUCUGGUCUCAGUGGAGACUACCUGUCAGAGGAGGGACACUACUGGGUUGGCAUCGACAUCAGCACUGCAAUGCUGGAUGUUGCUCUGGACAGAGAAGUAGAAGGAGACCUUCUGCUGGGAGACAUGGGCCAGGGCACACCUUUCCGACCUGGCACCUUUGAUGGUUGCAUCAGUAUCUCUGCUCUGCAGUGGCUUUGUAAUGCAGACAAAAGGUCCCAUAGUCCACCAAAGAGACUUUACACUUUCUUUAGUACUCUCUACUCAUCUCUGUCAAGAGGUUCUCGAGCAGUUUUUCAGCUUUAUCCUGAAAACUCAGAACAGCUUGAACUGAUCACAACACAGGCCAUGAAAGCAGGUUUCAGCGGAGGCCUGGUGGUGGAUUACCCCAACAGCAGCAAGGCAAAAAAGUUCUUCUUGUGUCUGUUUGCUGGUGUAUCAGGAGUUCUUCCCAAAGGACUGGGCUCAGAAGCUUCAGACAGAACUGUUCCAAACCAGGUUCAGUACUCUGGACAGAGAUGUCGUUUUAAAAACAUGAAGGGGAAAUCUGUGAAAAAGGGACGAGACUGGAUCUUGGAGAAGAAGGAGAGAAGACGGCGACAGGGAAAGGAGGUUCGAGCCGACACAAAAUACACUGGACGUCAUCGAAGACCUCGGUUUUAGCUCUGACUCAUGCAGCUGUGCCUUCAUUAGCUCUCAUGUGAACAACCCCAAAUAGUUACCCCUGGAGCAGCAAAGUGAUUGGACUUUUCAGCUCUUUACUUCAAGUAAAGGAAAUGCAAGUGUCAAAUGCUUUUAUAUUUUUGGUCAAGUGUUUGGCACUUUCUUUCCCACAAAUUAUGGUGAGAUCCUUUUGUGAUUUGGCUGGAACUACACGACUGUAUGAGUGGACUGCCAAAGAACAGACAAACAAAAUGUGGCUUAUAAUCAAAACAUUUUUUAAAUUAAAAAUGUUAUGAAGUGUCAAAGCUUUUUCCUCUGGUCAGCUUUUAAUUGUGGAAUCAGUAAUGUUAAACAUAUUUUCUUUUUUAAUGUGAAGAAGAUGCAGGAAAGUGAGGGAUUAUUACAAAGACUUCACUGUUUCACAAAGUGAAUUCACAAGCUUUCAGUUUAAAAUAAAAGUGUAAAAUAGCAGGAAAUGGUUACACCAAAAGAAAAGACUGGCUGUUAAUAAGCAUCUUGUACACUGAGGAUAAAUGGAUGUUGAUGGAUUUGAAAUAAAAGGAAAUUAAAGCUUAAUUCAGACUUUAAUUGGU